AAUGUUUUUUACGAAAUGAAUGAAAAGAAAAUUAUUUCCAGAUCGAUGUUUAAUGGUUCAAGCGAUUUGGAAAGCGACCAUGAAAAACCGAGCUCUGUAAGUCCAACAAUAACAUUCGGAAGAAAAACCGGACCAGUGUCAUCACUUUCUAAGAAAAAGGACAUCGAAAGCAAAUUGAUAUUUGCCAAGAGGAUCGAAACGCCAGUCUUUGAUGUUUAUUCAUCUACCACCGAUAUAAUUUUUGAUAAAAAUGACUGUUAUUUACAUAGCGAGAUCGAUGUACCUAUGAAUGCCAAAUUAAAUAAUCCUUUGAAAAUGAAACCGUCCUCUAGUGGUGCAAGUAGUUACGACGAUUUUAUGCACUACAAGGAACCAGAGAAGCAUACCCAUAACUCAGUUGUUACUAUAUUUGCAAUAUGGAAUACCACAAUGGGAUCGUCAUUGCUUGCCAUGUCCUGGGGUAUCCACAUGGCCGGACUAUUCCCUGGUAUUGCUGUUAAUAUACUGGUGGCUGCCCUUUGUCUUUAUACGUGUCAUUUGUUGCUAAUGGUUAAUGAAAAACAUGGUUUAUCUGGUCAAGACAUCGACGUAAGCCACCUAUGCAGAGACUUAUUAGGAAAAUGGUCGGAAGUUGUAGCGAAAAUUUUCUCGGUAAUCGUACUGCUAGGGGCCGAUAUAGUUUAUAUGAUCUUAAUGUCGAACUUUUUGUACAAUUCCGUUUAUUUUAUUUAUGGUUUAAUUGUGAUGCCUUUUGACCCUGUUCAAAAUAACGUCACAGUACUAUGCCCAAAAGAAUCUCUUAUAAACAGUACCACUUCCAGUACAAUUUCGAUGCCCCAAUCUCAAUUUGAUAACGUUUGGAACUUGUACAGUACCGUACCUGUCUUUUUAGCUGUGAUAUUGUUUGGCGUUUUAAAUUUUAAGUCGCCAACAUUUUUUGCGAAAUUUAAUAGUUUAGGAACAAUAAGCGUAGUCUAUUUACUAAUCUUUGUGGCAGUGAAGGCUUAUGGUUGGGGAAUCAACAUCUCUGAUUGGUCGUCGGAGCUAUAUAUUAAGCCGACAUUUUCUGCCCUUAGCGGAAUGCUGUCCCUUAGUUAUUUUAUUCAUAAUAUUAUUAUUUCUAUUAUGAAGAAUAAUAAACAUCAGGAACAUAACGGUCGUGACCUAAGUAUAGCCUUUGGUUUGGUGACAUUCACUUAUUUAUUCAUCGGAGUAUUAUUUUACAUCAGCUUUCCACUGGCUAAAUCUUGUAUCGAAGAUAAUAUUUUUAACAACUUUA